CGUGUUCUUCGGCAACACUGAGGCAGCAUUUGAGAAGAAAUAUCCCUCAGGCUCAGCUCACCAAUUGAAGGACAAGGACAAGGGUUCUAUCCAGAGUUUCCAAGCACAAUUUUUGUAGGGUGUUUUCUGCAGCUGUGACCCAUGCAUACACACCCUAGCCUCCAGCACAGCAUUGACCACCCAGCUAAUCUCAUUCAGGUUCCUUCAUACAUAUGCUCUGGCACAUCGACAUCAGAUUGAUUUCCAAUAGUCGGUUGACUUGGUGGGAAAGCUUAGAACUAAUCAAAGCCAAGAUCAGCAUUAGCAUCAGCGUCAGCAUUCCACUGAACACAGUCAAUGGCUGGCCGUGAUCAUUUGAUCAGUUUGUACUUUAACCUGGGAAUGUCCUAUAAGGAAAUCAUUUAUAUCUUAGCACAAGAACAUGGCAUAGAACUUAGUGAAAGACAUCUCAAGAGGAUAUUAGCUCUGAAUAACUUUCGUCGCCGACAUUACACUAACUUAGCUGAUGUGGUACAGUUUAUUGAGCAUGAGCUUCAAGGGUCAGGUCAGUUGCACGGAUACCGCAUGAUGCAUGCUAAAUGCAGACAGAAUGGUAUGCAUGUGAGAAAGGAGGAUGUUCGUGUCAUUUUAAAGUAUCUGGAUCCAGAAGGCGUAGCAGCCAGAACAGCUAGACGACUAACCAGACGUUCUUACUUUGCUAAAGGACCAAAUCAUGUGUGGCACGUUGAUGGAUAUGAUAAACUAAAGCCGUUUGGAUUAUGCAUCAGUGGAUGCAUAGAUGGCUAUUCACGAAAAGUAAUGUGGUUGAAUGUGUAUAAUACAAACAAUGAUCCAAAAUUAGUAGGAGGAUACUUCUUGGAAACUGUUAUGGAAUGUGGUGGCUUCCCUUGCAAAGUUCGUGCUGAUCGUGGCACCGAAAAUGGACACAUUUGUGCCUUUCAAAACUUCUUUCAUCAUAAUUAUGACUUAGAACGAAGAGUGUACAUCGAAGGAUCAAGCACUAGCAAUCAAAGGAUUGAAUACUGGUGGGCAUUUUUGCGGAAGGAAUGUACACAUUUUUGGAUUGAGACCUUCAGAAGGCUGUCAGACAGAGGGGACUUCACUGGAGACUUUCUAGACAAGAAUCUUGUUCAGUUCUGUUUCAUGAGCAUUCUACAGACAGAGCUAGACAAGAUGGCUGAUAUAUGGAACAAUCACCGUAUCCGACCCUCUGUGAAUCUCCAUGUACCAAGUGGCCAUCCAAUGAUGAUGUAUCAUACUCCACAAAUCUGGGGUACUGAAGAUCAGCUUUGCACCAAUGUUGAUGAUGACGAUCUGGCUGCAUGCAUAAGUGAUGCUGUAUUCCGAUCUACCAUACCAUGCGACAAAGAUGUAUAUGACUUGUGUGUGUAUAUUAUGAAAAGAGACAACCUUGAUCAACCAAUGGAAGUCCAGGAUGCCUUAGAAUUGUACAUCCAUCUGAAGCAGGAGAUUACUGUGUUGCUUUAAAUAUAUGCAUUCAGGAAAUUAAGCUGAAACCCCUGAAGCAAAAUAUAUCUUAACCCUCAAUAGCCCGGGGGGGGGGGGGGCCCCCCCCCCUCGAAAUUUUUCGUGAUAAUUUUUUAACGCAAAAAGAUCUCGCAAUGAAAUUUCAUAUGAAAGUACAUGGUAUCAAAGUACAGCCUAAGUUCGAUUUCGGAGUAUGUAGGUCAAAGGUCAUAGCUCAUUAAAUAUGCGAAAAUGGUUUCCGUUCGAUAACUUUAGUAAUGUUUGACGGAUUUUAAUGAAAUUUGAUAUUCCAUAAAGUAGUAAACUUUCUGUACAUCCAAUCUCCAGGUAUUAGUAACUUCCUUGCGUAGUAAUAUAAUAGUAAGUCUACUGGAGGUAACUUGUUUUAACGUAUAGGUAAUUUGUACUCGGCGAGGGGAUGCGACGCUUAGCGUUGCUCUUGUUUUUACUGCAUUACUACUUUCUGAACCAAUUCACCCGUUUGAAUUUGUGUGUUUUGAACUUGUACCUUUCUCUUCUUCAUGCUUCCUCGAGGAGCCGAUGUAUUUGCAUUCUAAUGUGAACCUGUGUCAUCAUUACAAAUUUUCAAAAUACUGCAUCUUCUUUUUGCUCAAGAAUUGUGCACCUUGUAUUCUUUGUCAAGGAGAUCAGUACAUGUACAACCAGACAUUAAAGCUUUAAAAUCGUCUGGAAGUCCCCUUCAAGUACAAUAUAUAUACCUUAAAGUUAGGAAGCUAAGAUACAAUGGUUGCAAGUCGACUUGUUACAUCUUCAUCAUCGUAAUAACCACCAUCACAAUAUUGACAACUAAAAUUACAAUAAACAUCAAUCCACAAUUUAGGGAAUUACCUGAAUUGCCUUGUGGUGGCAGAGACUCAAAAUGUUAUUUUCAGGGGGGGGGGGAAUUCUAUUAUCAAAUUGCCAAGAACAAGUUAAUAUGAAGGUACAUAAAAAGUGAUGCAUUACAUUAAGAAUAAAAAAACAAACACAUUCUUGAUCAAUGCAUUGUCAAUUUGUGCUGGAAAAGAUUUUUCACUCAGUUAUUGCCAAUGUAAGGAUUUACCAAUUGUAUGCUUUGAAAUUUCUGUUGAAAAGACAUUUUAUUGAAUUUGAACAAUUACAUGUCUGAAAUUGUGAUUUGUUUUUUUUUACUUGUCUUCGAAUUUCUAUAAAUUUCCAUCUAAUUGUUACAUAACAGUCAUUUCUCUGCUCCACAGUGGUACUUCAUCUUCAAUAGAUAUAGAUGUAAAGGUGAAAAUAGGCACCCACACACAUGAAAAGCAACGUUACAAGAAGAAGAAAAAAUUGACACAGAAGGCAAAAACAUGGACAUCCAACACUAUUGUUGUCACAUAAGACAUUUGGGAAACGAGCAAGAUGAAUGACAGGUAUAACUUUAAUUGCAAGUAAACAAAAAUAACACUUCGACAACAGACUGAUUUAUACAAACACAGUCCUUUGAUUUCAGGAAUCAGAACAUGGAAUCAGUGAGGAAUCCCUCAACAUCUUAUUGAAAUAUGUAGAGGUUAAUAUCUUUUGUAUGCUUUCUGAAUGAGAUAGGUCAAGUUUUGUUUUGAUUACCAAGAAAAAUGACCUUUUGUGAUUUUUUCCCCCUAAAUUUUGUAUAUUAUUGCUGUUCGCCUAUGACAUCACAAAUUCUUAUCAAGAGAGGGCGACGUGGAAUUUAUCAAAUUUCAAGAAAUCAUAACUCUUGAAUGGAUCAUCUAAUUUUGCUCAAACUUUCACUAAUCUGCUUAAAAGUUAAAUAUUUAUUUUAAUGAUGUAUGGGUAUAAUUGUCCUUAAAGUGACAGCUGGAAUAUUAAAAUACUUACAUGACCUUUGAUUUUGGCUAAAUAUGGGGGUCCCCAUGCAUGAACAAUAUACCCACCAAAUUUUUUUUUUUUGUUAAUUAUUCACAUUUUUGUAAGCACUAUGGACAGAUGACAUUUUUAUCUCUUAGUUUUACUCCACCUGGGUGGCUCUACAAAGAUGGCUAGCCAUAGGGAACAUAAUAGUAUACCUAUUAUGUAAUGGGAGCUUGCUCAUCUGUCGGGACCAAUUAAAAAAAGUCUUCAUUGAAUAAUUGAUUGAAUUUAUUUAACCACGGUAAAAAACUUAAACAUAAAUCAUACAGAAAUUACAUUAAAUAGAACUACACAGAGAAACAACCUAGUAAUAAUAAGCAUAAUUAAUUAAGCAUGAUAAUGAAAUGAAUACGAUAACAAUGAGAGAAACAUAAUAAAAACAAGAAAACCUAACAAUACAUGUAAGAUGUCUGUGUCAUUUGUAUAGUAAC